GGUAUAGUUGGCUUUAAUGUGUGUUUUGGUGUUUGAAUGACAACAACAGUUCGUGUGUUGUGUCCGUCGUAUGUGUUGUGAAGGCAUUCAAACACUACUAACACUACAAACACUAUAUCAACACAUAUUUGUUGUCGUUUUUUGCCAAACAAUUGAUUCGUUAACCAAAACAAAGGGACAAAACAUCGUGUGAUUCGAGCCAUACAUUCGCCACUAGUUGUCUGCCAAUCACUUCCAACACAUCCACACAUUGUUCGCAAUGGAUUCGCUUCGGGAACAAGUGAUGAUCAAUCAGUUCGUGUCUGCGGCCGGUUGUGCUCGCGAUCAGGCCAUACAACUCUUGCAGUCCACGCACUGGCAGUUCGAGACGGCGUUAAGUAUGUUCUUCCAGGAGUCCAAUGCCUGCCAUUCAAACCCACACUUGAAAUCUAUGUGCACUCCGGCCAACACACCGGCCACUCCACCCAACUUUCCCGACACUUUGUUGGCCUUUUCAAAGAUGUCCACAACAGAGAACAAAGGGCUGAGAGAGAGGUCUAACUCGAAUACAAUGCCGGCAAUGAUGUAUUCGUCUCCAAACCUGAUGCCAACCAAUAGUAAUCUAAUUAAUAAUCGCGUAUCACAUCAUCACAACCAUAACCAUAGCUUACAACAUAUUAAUGCCGGCAAUCGAGUACUUAACGCUACCGCUGGACAAACAUCUAAUCAGCGAUAACUCACUUUACAUAACCCUUCAGUCGACUGACAAUUAUUUGAUUUCAUUAUUACUUUCAUUUUAUAAUUGAUUUGUUUUGCCAUCAAUUCAUUCAAAAUAUAGAUAAAAAAUAAUAAAUUUAAUGACAUUUAAAGCGCACAUCAUUUUUGCAUUGAUUUAAAUGUACUUCAUUUCAAACGGAAAUCUUAUUCUUAAAAAUAGAUGUUUUAAAAACAAUUAAAAAAUAUAAAAUAUUAUUCUUGCAAAACAAUUGAUAAC